AUGGUUAUUACACAAGGUCAAUAUACAGCUGAAGAAUUCAUUCAAAAGAAAAUUGAAUUACUUAAAGAUGAAGUAGAACCAUUUUUUGCUGUUGAUCUUGAAGAUGUAUGCAAUAAACAUAUUCGAUGGAUUACUUCAAUGCCUCGUGUAAAACCACAUUAUGCUGUUAAAUGUAAUGAUGAUGUAAACGUUAUCAAAUUACUUUCCUAUCUUGGAGCUGGUUUUGAUUGUGCAAGCAAAGGUGAAAUGAAAAAAGUUAUGGAUUUAGGUGUAUCUGCUGAUCGUAUCAUCUAUGCUAAUCCAUGUAAACAAUCAUCAUAUAUUCGUUACGCAGAAGAAUGUGGUGUUGAAACUAUGACAUUUGAUAAUGAGCAAGAAUUAUUAAAAAUUAAACAAAUAUAUCCAAGUGCAAAACUUGUCUUACGUCUUGUUACUGAUGAUUCAAACGCUGUUUGCCGUUUUUCAAUGAAAUUUGGUGCUGAUAUGAAAACAGCAUGUCGUUUAAUUGAAAAGGCUAAAGAUAUUGAUAUGGAAAUUGUUGGCGUUAGUUUUCAUUGUGGCAGUGGUCAAAUGACUAGCAAAGCAUUUGUUGAUGCUAUUCAAAAUGCUCGAACAAUUAUGAAUUAUGGAAAUAAAUUAGGUUUUACUAUGAAUCUUUUGGAUAUUGGUGGUGGUUAUCCAGGAAAUACAGGAACAGAAGAUUAUUUUGCUGAAAUUGCUGCUGCUGUUAAUCAAGCAAUUGAUAAUCAUUUUCCUGAUGAUGGUAGUGUUCGAAUUAUUGCUGAACCAGGUCGUUAUUAUGUUGCAUCUGCUUAUUCAUUAGCUACAAAUGUUAUUGCAUCAAGAGAUAUGAUCGAUAAUGAAACAGGUGAUGAGAAAUAUAUGUAUUACAUCAAUGAUGGUGUUUAUGGUUCAUUUAAUUGUGUUCUCUAUGAUCAUUAUGUUCCGGAACCAUGUUUACUUGCUAAAAAUGAAUCCAAUGAAAAAUUUACAUCAUCAAUUUGGGGACCAACAUGUGAUGGUCUUGAUUGCAUUCAAACAUCAAUUAAAAUGCCUAAAUUAGUGAUUGGAGAUUGGAUUUUAUGGAAAAAUAUGGGUGCAUAUACCAUUUCAGCUGCCGUUCAAUUUAAUGGAUUACCAUAUGGUAAACCAAUUUAUUUUAUGUCUAAACAAUUCUGGGAUACAAUUAAAGAAGCUUAUCAACCACCAAGAAGAAAAUCUCAAUAUGACGCACAAUUAAUGCGUCUUAAUUCCACUGAUUGUUCAAAUGAAAUUGAAGAUGAUAUGUUACCAUGGAUACUUGAAGAUCCAAUUGAAGAAACACCUGUUGUUACAAUAUAA